AUGUCGAAGCGCGUGCUCGACCAGCUAUGCUCUGGCAAAGGAGCCAGCGCGCUGGCCGCAGCCGGACUGGCAGCUUUAGCGGUCAAGCUGCAGAAGCUUCACGCGACUGGGGAGCUGGACGUUAUCGUGCAGCAGCUCCUCAACACGCGGUUUGAGUUCAACCUGCUGACCGCGCUGGCCGUCGCCCUGGCGGCCGGACUGGUCCUGCUGUACCGCGCAGUGCGGCAGUCCGAUCCGGUCUACCUGGUGGACUUUGCUAUGGCACUGCCGCCUGAGGAGUGGAAGUUCCCCAAGCAGCAUUUCCUCAAGGCCAGCGCCUGCAACCCGCUGAUCGUGUCGGCAGCAGCAGCCUGGGGAGCCGCGUCAUCGGGCCGGGGCCGCAGCCUCUCGGAGGGCGUCCUCCUGGACUUUUCGAAGGACGACAUGGAGUUCCAGGAGCGGAUUGUGUACCGCAGUGGCCUGGGUGAUGAGACCACCUGCCCGCCCUGUGAGAUAUUACGUUGGGGGUAG